AUGGCUAGAAUAAGAUUUUCACCUCUUGCUGCCACUAUUCUUGUUGUCAUAUUGAUCUCCGGAUGCGAGAAAGCAAUGGGUGAGGCUAUGGAAAUUGAUGGUGCGGUGAAGUGUUGUUAUGACAAUCACAUAGGAAGGACAAACAGGAAGAUGGCUGAACAACGCAGAGGUCCCGGAAGGCCCAGGACGAGGAAUGUGGAGACUGGGCCUGGAACUGAGAAUACGGGUGUGCCUUGGGUGCAGAUAAUGCAACAGAUGCAACAGAAUCAGAUGAUGAUGCAGAUGAUGCAAGGCAUGCAUGGGCAACAACCAACCGCUCCUGCCCCUACUCCUCAGGCUGCAGCAGGGCCUGACUUUCGUGCUUUCUUUCGGAUGGAUCCGCCAGAGUUCUUGGGUGGCUUGGACCCAGUUAUUGCUCAUGAUUGGUUGUAUGGCAUGGAGAUGAUAUUUCAGGCCAUUCAGUGCACAGAGGAAGAGAAAGUGAUAUUUGCUGCUCAGAAAAUGAAGGGACCGGCAGGUAGAUGGUGGAAUACGGAGUCUACGUAUUUCACUAAUCAAGGAAUUCCAAAGGAUUGGCAACACUUUAAGACGGCGUUCUUGGAGAAGUACUAUCCCAACAGUGUGCGUGCUUUGAAGGAGCGUGAGUUUCAAUCCUUUAAGCAAGGAAACAUGUCGGUGUCUGAAUAUGCUGAGAAGUUUGAGGACAUGGCUGCUUAUUCUAGACAAGCUGCCUAUGCACCAGACGAGCUAUGGAAGAUUGAUCAGUUCCUCAUGGGGCUGAAUGCUGAUAUUGUACACAGUGUGUCUCAAAGGGAGUUUACUACUUAUGCUGAGUGUUUGAGGCAAUGCUAUGUUGCUGAGAACACAUUGAAGAGGGUUCAGGAGGAAAGAGAGCAGAACAAGCCGGUUCGUAGGGAUCAAGGAAGGUCGGGGCAGCAUUUGAGACCCCGUAAUUCUCCAACAAUGAAGAAACCAGUUUAUGGGGAUCGCUCUACUCAGCCCCCUCAAUGUGGCAAGUGCAAUAGGAAGCAUUAUGGUAAUUGCUCAACAGAUUCAAAGAAGUGUUACAAAUGCGGGAUGACGGGUCACUUUAUGAAAGAUUGUGCAGCUCCGGAUAUUCCUGAAAAGACUAAAGGUCGUGUUUACACCUUGGACGCCAGGAAGACUCAAGGGAACACCAAUCUUGUUGCUGGUAUGUGUUAUGUUAAUAAUCAGCCCUUGUUUGUGUUAGUUUAUUGUGGAGCAACACAUUCUUUUGUUUCCUAUCAUUGUGCGAGGAGACUUGGUUUUGAAGCAAGUCCUCUCCUGAAUCCUAUGAUUAUCUCGUCAGCUACUGAUGACGUAGAAGAAGCUCGAGAAGUUUGCAAGGAUUGUUCUAUUACCUUCAAUGGUCGUAGAUUCUUGAUUGACCUUAUCUGUCUACCGCUUAAGAAGAUCGAUGUGGUGCUGGGAAUGGACUGGUUGUCACCUAACUCGGUGUACAUCGGUUGUAAAGAGAAGGCUAUCUUCAUUCCUGCUGAGGGAACUACAUCAACCAAUGCCAUUGAACAUCUUCUUGAAGGUACAGUUAACAUGGUCAAUUACCUUUUUGCUCGAGAGAAGUCUUUCCUUUUGAUUCUUACGUCGGACUCCAAGGACAGGAAGAGUGUAUUGGAGAUUCCGGUUGUGUGUGAAUUUUCCGAUGUAUUUCCGGAUGAUGUUACUUCUCUUCCGCCGGAAAGGGAAGUUGAAUUCUCUAUUGAUCUUGUUCCGGGUACCGCUCCAGUUUCGAUUACCCCUUAUAGGAUGUCUCCUGCAGAGCUAAGAGAGUUAAAGAGUCAGCUAGAAGAGUUGACGAGAUACGGUCAUUAUGAGUUCUUGGUUAUGCCAUUCGGGGUAACCAAUGCUCCUGCUGUCUUUAUGGAUUACAUGAACCGAGUGUUCCAACCGUAUUUGGACCAGUUCGUGGUAAUCUUCAUAGAUGACAUCUUGGUCUACUCUCAGACUAUCGAAGAGCACAUGGAGCAUUUGAGGAUUGUGCUGUCGGUUCUUCGAGAAAAGCAGUUGUUUGCCAAGUUUAGUAAGUGUGAGUUAUGGAUGUCCGAAGUUAAGUUUCUUGGACAUGUCAUAUCUGGCGGCGGCGUAGCUGUAGACCCUUCAAAGGUAGAAGCAGUAAUAAAUUGGGGACGACCCAAGAAUGCAACUGAGGUCCGUAGUUUCCUAGGCUUGGCAGGUUACUAUCGGAGGUUCAUUAUGGGAUUUUCCAAAUUGGCAUUACCUUUGACCAGACUUACAAGGAAGGAAGUCUCAUUCGAAUGGAAUUCAGAAUGUGAGAAGAGUUUUCAGAAACUCAAGGAGAAACUAACUACAGCUCCAGUGUUGGUGAUCCCAGAUCCAAACCGAUCUUAUGAAGUAUUUUGUGAUGCUUCUAAGAAAGGUUUGGGUGGAGUGUUGAUGCAAGAUGGACAGGUUAUAGCUUAUGCAUCUAGACAGUUGAGACCUCAUGAAGAGAAUUAUCCUACUCAUGACCUUGAACUCGCUGCAAUUGUGUUCGCACUCAAGAAGGAACUUAACAGGCGUCAGAGGAGAUGGAUGGAGUACUUGAAGGACUUUGAUUUUGAUUUGAAGUACCAUCCCGGUAAAGCUAAUAAGGUAGCCGAUGCCUUGAGUAGAAAGGAGAUAAAAGUUGCAGAACUGAUGAUGUUGGAGUUUGGCCUUAUGGAGAAGUUCAGAAAUUUGGAUUUACAAUUUGAGUGGGCACCAACGGGUGUAUUGAUUAGUAACUUGUGUAUUGAGAAUGAGUUGCGGGAAAGGAUCCGUCAAGCACAGUGGAAUGAUGUAGAAUUGCAAGCUAAAGCAAACCUUCCAGAUUUUGUUCGUACAUCUGAUGGACUCAUUGUUUUUGGACGAAGGAUGUGUGUGCCAAAUGACGCGGAGUUAAGGAGGUUAAUUUUGGACGAGGCUCACAAGAGCAAAUUCACCAUUCAUCCCGGAUCAACCAAGAUGUACCAAGACUUGAAAGGGAAUUUUUGGUGGCCCGGUAUGAAAAGAGAUGUGGCUAACUAUGUAGAGCAGUGCGUGAUUUGUCAACAAGUGAAGAUAGAACACCAAAGGCCCGGUGGUAUGCUACAACCGUUGGAUGUUCCUGUCUGGAAGUGA